UCACUGUCAGUUGAGCUGUUGGGCUGUUUUCUGGUUUCUGCUGGCAUGGUUUUGAUCGAUUCGGACUGAACCCCAGAGUUGUACAUAGAGACGAACCGGAAAAGGAAUCGGAGUCGGAGUCGGUGCUAAUAAUUGUAGGAGUCGGAUUCAGAGUCGGAGUCGGGAAAUUUUUCUCCGACUCGACAUCCCUGGUUUAAUUUGAGACGAGUGCCAAUUUAUUACAGAUAUUCAAACUAUUGAUGCCUACGGCGGACGAUGGCGAUGCAGUAUUCCAAACUGAGCUGACCAUGGGAUUCGGAGCACGAGCAAAUAUUUAAAAACAAGAUUAUUCUACUUUAAUUUAUUUAUUCAUACAUUUUCACAUCAUUUAUUGAACACGACUGUAGCCAAAAACGAAUGAAGCAUAAAGUGAUAUGAGCUAUUAGAUUUCAUCUGUUGCACGUUAAUUCAGGUUCAGGUAUAAACUAACACUCAUUUCUUCUGUUCCCAAACACCAUCACUGAACCUGGUUCAGGUGAAGCCGCUCCCGGUCAUCAGUUUUUCGUGUUUCCCUCACUCAACUCGUUGCCUUCCACGAUGCAUGGGAUACGGAUAUACAACGCAACUCUUUGGAUCCGUUUGGAAUUGAAGCUGAAAAACAUGGACACUAUGUGGUCUCCGUUUGGGAAUAAGAAUCUAAUUCUAUGGAUUUUCCGUUUGAUCAGUGGUUCUAAGAACGUUCUCAACGAUGAAGAGGAAUUCUCCAAACAUACGGCCAUGGUAACAAAACACACGAUUUCUGUCGAUAAACUGGGAUGGCAGGAGAUAGAUGUAACAAACGCUGUACGAGGGUGGCAUUCGGAGAAAACAAACGACAGUUUACGUCUGUUUGUCGAUUGUUCCGGUUGCGGUAACAAAAUAACCAUCCAUCUGUUCGAUGAAAACCAAAACAAAGUGAAGGAAUCGUUUAUUAAGGCACAAAAGAUCAAUUCGAAAAUGAAACCGGAGAACUUUGUCGAUUACAACCGACCGUAUUUGUUCGUCAGUCUGGCUACUAACCACGUGAAAAGACUUCGGAGGCGGGCACUCGAUUGUACUGGCGCACCGAAUGAGCAAUGUUGUAAGCAAAAAUUCUACGUUGAUUUCAAGGCACUGAAGUGGGACGAUUGGAUCAUACGACCUCACGGAUACUAUGCAAAUUAUUGCAAGGGAAGUUGCCUUUUACCGGAUAAAUUUUCGGCGGAAUAUCAAUACGUGGUGGAUGAAUACAGACGACACGGACAAGUUACGGGUAUACAUCAAUGCUGCGCGCCCACAAAGUACUCCCCUAUGUCACUCAUAUUUUAUGGACCAGACUCACGUGUCAUCAAACAGGACAUUUCGAAGAUGAUCGUGGAAGAAUGCGGUUGUCCCUAAUAAUAUGAACCAAUUGAUUACAGCAUUUUAGCAGUAUAUUUCAUCUUUAUCUUAUAUUUAUGAAAAACGCCUAAGCAAUUAUAAUAGAUUCUAUCGAAAUUGAAAUAAAAUAAAAGUUUUGCUA